GUGUCUAUAUGUUUACUAUCACUACAGUUAGUAAUUUCUAUAUGAUUAUAUUUCUUGUCUUCAAUUCUGUAAACAAUAACAAUUUUGUGUUUAAAGUUUAUUUAUAGCUAUUAAAUAGUUUUAAAAUUACUAAACAUAAAGACAUAUAAAUUAUGACUGAGGUGCAGUUACAGGAAUUUAAGCUGGAGCCCGAUUCGGAGCUUCGGUUUGAAGUGGAAUCCAAAAAUGAAAAAGUUGUACUAGAGGUUAAAAGCGGUUAUGCUGAAUUAUUUGGCACAGAACUUGUAAAAGGGAAACCUUAUGAAUUUCAUACGGGCGCUAAGGUAGCUGUUUUCACGUGGCACGGCUGCACUGUGGAAUUACGUGGGCGCACCGAAGUCAGCUAUGUCGCAAAGGAAACUCCAAUGGUUAUAUACUUAAAUGUCCAUGCAGCUCUUGAGCAACAGCGAGUAGCUGCAGAACAGGAGAAUACACGGGGGCCUGUCACAAUGAUUGUGGGUCCUGGCGAUGUGGGCAAAUCCACAUUAACCAAAAUAUUACUCAACUAUGCCGUUAGAAUGGGACGUAGACCAAUUUAUGUGGAUUUAGAUAUAGGACAAGGCCAUAUCAGUGUACCCGGAACUAUAGGUGCAUUAUUAGUGGAAAGGCCAGCAUCGAUUGAGGAAGGAUUCAGUCAGCAAGCGCCACUAGUGUAUCACUUUGGUCACAAGUCACCUAGUGAGAAUCAAGAGCUGUACAAUACCAUAGUGUCAAGAUUAGCAGAAGUCAUUACUGAGAGAUGCGAAAACAAUAAAAAAGCUGCCGCCUCUGGUGUAAUAAUUAAUACAUGUGGCUGGAUCAAAGGACCCGGGUACAAGGUGCUCACACACGCAGCACAAGCUUUCGAGGUGGACGUGAUAUUAGUAUUGGACAAUGAAAGACUGUACAAUGAACUCAAAAGGGAUAUGCCGAAGUUCGUCAAAGUGGUUUACUUGCCGAAAAGCGGAGGGGUCGUGGAGCGGUCGUCAACACAAAGGGCCGAGUUCCGGGACACGAGGAUCCGUGAAUACUUCUACGGGAAAAGGACGCCCUACUACCCGCACUCGUUCGACGUCAAGUUCAGCGACCUCAAGAUUUACAAGGUGGGUGCGCCGUCGCUGCCCGACUCGUGCAUGCCGCUGGGCAUGCGCGCGGAGGACGCGCUGACGAAGCUGGUGGCGGUGUGGCCGUCCGCCGCGCUGCAGCACCGUCUGCUGGCCGUCUCCUUCGCCGCCGCGCCCGAAGACGACGUGCUGCACUCCAACCUCGCCGGCUUCGUCUGCAUCACCGCAGUGGAUAUGGAGCGGCAGACGCUGACGAUCCUGUCGCCGCAGCCGCGACCUUUGCCCAACACGGUGCUGCUACUAUCCGAUCUUCAGUACAUGGACAACCAUUAGCGGACACUUGGACGCGUUCCGCGCUGUACAUACUCGAGCUCAUGCCAGUGUUGCCUUAUAAUCGUUUAGUAACGAUUGAGACCACAAAUAAUCGGUUAUGUAAUCGACAAUACGAUAUAAUCGUUUAUUAGCAAAUUGCACUAAAAUAUUAUGGACUAGCUUUUACCCGCGAUGUGCGUCGUUCGCGUGACCGAGAUAUGUCGACUGACUAGAAUAAAAAGUAGCCUGUCUUUCUCCGUCUCAUGUAUUACGUGGAAUUUGUAUAAAUUUUAUAACAGUUGGUUAUUAAAGGCUCAAUAGUUAACAAACUAAACUCACAUUAGACCGCUUUCUUAAGUAUCAAAUUAUGUAAUAUACUAGCUCUAUCUGGCGGUUGCUCUGUGUGCCAAAUUAGAACUUUUUUUUAUUUUUAUUUAUUUAUUUAUGUUUAGAUAUCUUGGAUCCAUUUUUUUUAGUAAGUGUACUUAAAAACCAUUAAAAAAACACUGAAAAACAUAAGCUACACGUGUUCCAAAUUUAAUUCAAAUCCGUUUAGGAGUUUUUACUCCAAAUUCAUCAUCUAUCCUUUACAAACUUUGGCUUUAUGUUAAAUGAAUUAUUAGCAACCGAUAGUAAUAGAAUGAGCUCCAUGCCGAGGUUUUCCUAAGAGACUACAGCAUGGGGUUCUUCAAAAGGGGGGUAAAGAGGUUUCUUCAGGGUCGGCAACGCGCGCGUAAUACCUCUGGUAUUGCAGGUAUUCAUAGGCUACGGUAAUCACCUACCAUCAGGUGGGCCGUAUGCUUGUUUGCCACCUCAGUGGUAUAAAAAAGUAAUGUUACAUUAUUAGUUAAUAAUUGAUUAUAUUGCUUAAAACUUCAUAUUGAUUUAAUCGACAGGACAAUUGGUAUUUGGAUUGUGUCGAAUGAAAACUCGAUUAUUUGAUAAAUCGAUUAUUGGGCAACACUAGUACACACUUUCAUUGUUAAAUAUUAAGAGGAAUUUAAUUUGGUAAAAUAUAGUUUUAAUGAAAAA